AAGUUCCGAUACAAUGCAAGCCCCAGCCGCCGCCCGAACCACCCUCAUACUCUUCGCAGCCGUCCUGCUUGCCACCAGCGCAGUAGCGAGACCGACAGCGGGCACUGAGGCGGCGUGCGAUCCAGAGGGCCCGGACUAUGGGAUGUCUCCGGACUGUAUCGCUAUGUAAUCGGAGAGUACACGCGUAUGUGGGGGAUAACCUGCGGGCAUAUGCGCAGAUGGAGGAAGGACAAGGUCCGACCGAGUUCUCGCUGGUGCAAGACAUGCCUGGUAGAUAGAUAGAAAGAUCCCCGAGAUGCAAUGGACGACGGGAAGUCUGUCAUAGGAGAUAUGUGUGUAUUAUGUUGUCGCCGUACGUCGUGGCAAGCCGCGGCCUCGCGAUCGUGUCAGAAAAUUCUCCCGCUGUGACUGAAAAGCAGCAUCGAGC